AUGGCCGCGAAAUCUGAUGGUGCACCCGUCUCCGAGCGGAACGACAUCCCGGCGGAGCUUCCCUCCAGGUCGGACCCGCGGCCGCUCCGGGUCCGCCUGGCCGGGCAGGGCUACUCGCUGCCGGACUGCUGCUGGACCCUGUGCGCCCUGCUGGUCUUCUUCUCGGACGGGGCCUCAGACCUGUGGCUGGCGGCGGACUACUACCUUCGGAGGGACUACUGGUGCUUCGCUCUGACUCUGGUCUUUGUGGUAGUCCCGUCCGUGGUGGUGCAGAUCCUGAGCUUCCGAUGGUUCGCCUACGAUUUCUCGGAGUCGGUCGACAGCGGCUCGGCGGCGGCGGCCGUGGUGGCGGCGUCGGGCGCGGAGGACCGGGACUUCAGCACCAAGGACAGCGGCAGGGGGGGCGCUGGCUGCACCGGGGCGGAGGCGCCGCCGGGGCCGGGGCCGGGAUCCCCGGGCGGAGCCACGGGAGGAGCCCGGGGCUGCUGCAGGGUCCUGGUGUGGAUCCUCCAGGCCAUCAUCCACACCUUCCAGCUGGCUCAGGUCUGGAGGUAUGUCCACGCCUUGUACUUGGGCGUGCAGAGCCGCUGGCACGGGGACCCGGAGCGCCGCCACUACUACUGGCGCAUGAUGUUCGAGAGCGCCGACAUCAGCAUGCUGCGCCUGCUGGAGUCCUUCCUGAAGAGCGCCCCUCAGCUGGUGCUGCAGCUCAGCAUCAUGAUCCAGGCCACGCAGGUGCUGCCGCUUCAGGGGCUUUCAGCUUCCGCCUCACUGAUGUCCCUCGCCUGGAUGAUCUCCUCCUAUCAGAAAGUCCUGAGGGACUCCCGAGACGAUAAGCUACCCAUGUCCUACAAGGCCGUCAUCGUUCAGAUUCUGUGGCACCUGUUCACCAUCGGCGCCCGCACGCUGGCCUUCGCCCUGUUCGCCUCCGUGUUCCAGCUCUACUUUGGCAUCUUCAUCGUGGCCCACUGGUGCAUCAUGACCUUCUGGAUCAUUCAAGGCGAGACGGACUUCUGCAUGUCCAAGUGGGAGGAGAUCAUCUACAACAUGAUGGUGGGCAUCGUGUAUGUUUUCUGCUGGUUCAGCGUGAGAGAGGGGCGCACUCGCUGCCGGAUGCUCAUCUACAGUCUGACCGUGUUCGUGGAGAACGUGGCGCUCACCACGGCCUGGUACCUGUACCGCGGCGGUCUCACCUCAGACUUCUACGCCGUCACCAUGGUGUGUGUGGUGGCCAGCAGCUACGCCCUGGGCACCUUCUUCAUGUUUGUGUAUUACUGUCUGCUGCACCCCGACGGCCCAGUCUCAGGUUGGGGCUACGUGGUAGAGAAGGAGGUGCCCGUGGAGUCGCUGGCCUCACCCGCCACCAGCCUCCCCCCUGACUUGGUGAGCAGCCCCCCCAGGACCCUUCAGAGAACUAAAGGCUCCGACAGAGAGCAGGGGCCGGGGGUGGACGGAGACGUCUUUCAGGUUCGACCGCCUCGAGGAGCUCAGGUGCCGGCGCAACACCUCACGCCCAGAGCCGAGGGGCCUGUCAUCCGGAUAGACCUUCCCAGGAAGAAGUACCCGGCCUGGGACGCUCACUUCAUCGACCGCCGGCUGCGUAAGACCAUCCUGGUGCUGGAGAGCGCUGCCCCAGUCACUCCGAGGAUUCAGUACCGCUGUCUGGGCACCCCCAAAGAAGUGAUGGAGUUCGAGACCACCGUGUGA